GAGCUAAACGUUGAGAGUUACGUCCCCUGGGAAAGACAUGGCGUCUUCCAUGCAGAACCUUGUGGGUGAGCAAAGUACCGGCAUCGUGAUGGAGCAAGUAUUUUCGACGCUGGUGGCAGCUGUGGAAAAAAUCAUGAAUCCCUCAGCUACCCCACAGGAACGAACAGUUGCACACCAGAUCUGUGAAGAGUUUCGUGAAAAGUCACCUGUCUGCCUUCAAUGUGGAAUGAUGCUAGCUGGCAAACAGUUCUCUCCAGUUGUUAGGCAUUUUGGUCUUCAGAUAGUGGAACAUUUUAUCAAAUUCAGGUGGUCAGAAGUAACCGAGGAGCAGAGAGAACUCUUAAAGUCACAGGCACUAGAACUAAUUGACAAGGGAACUUUCCCACUUUUGGAAGAAGAACUGCAUAUCAAAGAUGCUGUAUCACGCAUCCUGGUGGAACUCAUUAAACGACUGUGGCCUCAACUAUGGCCUGACCUCUUUCCACAUCUUAGUGAAAGUUGUCACCAUGGUUCAACACAGACAGAGCUGGUGUUGAAAGUACUCUUGAGGCUAGUGGAAGACAUUGUGGUAUUCCAAAAUAUUCCAGCCCAACGCCGGCGAGAGAUUCUUCAGGCUUUUACCAGCAUCCUGUCCCAGCUAUUUCAAAUAUUUUUGCAGCUGCUCGACAGAUACCGCAAUCCCUCUGGAACCACAACUGACAAAGAAGCAGUGUUGGUGUGCCAGUCUGUGCUGGCAACUUUGACUGGUUUUGUUGAUUGGGUCAACAUCUCACACAUCACUGAUGAAAAUGGUCGUUUACGGUAUUUGUGCGAGAUGCUUAGUGAUGAAAACUUACAGCUACAUGCUGCAGAAUGCUUGCUGCUUAUUGUCAGUCGAAAGGGAAAAGUUGAGGAUCGUCGGCCAAUUCUUGUCAUGUUUAAUUCAGUUGCUAUGAAGGCUGUUUUGGAUGCUGCUGGGGUAGCAGCUAUGAAUCUCCAAGAAGAGCAUCGCUACCUUUUUCUGAAGCGUUGCUGUCAGGUCCUGACAGAGAUGGGGCGGCAGCUAUGUGCACUUUGGGGGCAAGUGGAAGACAUUGGGCAACCAGUAGAGUUUGACACCUACCUGAAAGCACUACUUGCCUUUACUCAGCAUCCAAGCCUGAUGCUGAGAAGCUGUACCUUUAGCCUGUGGACAGCAUUCAUCCGACACCCCGAGAUAAGUAAGAACCCGGUGCUACUUUCUUUUCUACCUCAGCUUGUGGAAGUAUGCACAGGAACCCUUUACAAGGUUGGUCUUCCAUCACUUAAUAAUUCUCCUAGCUGUGAAUAUUCACGGGUUGAUUUUGACAAUGAUGAAGACUUUCUUGUUUUCUUUACAAGGUAUCGCACAGACUCAGCUGAUACCAUCCGAUACAUGACGUUACUUGCACCUGAACUUACCUUUUUGGUUGCUUCAAAGUGGCUGCAGACAGAAUUGUCGAAACCUGUCCAAGCUGACAAAGCACCCUGCAGUCUCAGCUCACCUGAAUACUUGGAGUGGGAGGCUUUGACAAUUUUCACUGAGAGUGUCAUGCUGCGGCUAUUUCAGUCAGAUAAACAACUUCCAGAUAUCAGCCUGGGCAUUCAGCUCUUACAGCAGCUUCUGGCCUAUCAAAAUCAGGAUCCCUUGAUCCAGUCCUGUGCACUGUCCUGUAUGUCAGCACUAUUCCCUUUUCUCCGCCACAGCCCCACGCUGCUUCCUUCAGUUUUGGAAAAGAUAUUUGCAUCUGUUGUCUUCUCCCUGCCUGGCCAAACAAAGUCUACCAGAAGUCGGGCGGUGAAGAAUGUCCGACAACAUGGCUGCUCAUUUCUUGUCAAAAUAUGUAAAGAACAUCCAGACAUUUUGUUUCCUGAGUUUGACCAUCUGUAUGUAUGCAUCAAGAACAUUGAUGCUGAUCCUGAGCAGCUGUCACAAAUGGAGCGGUGUAUACUUAUUGAAGCCCUUAUUAUUGUCAGCAACCAGUUUGCAGACUUUGAGAGACAGUCAGCAUUCAUUGCAGAAGUUCUGAACCCAGUUAAACAGAUGUGGUCUUCACCAGAGUUUACAGAAGCUUUCAGUCAUCCGUCCAAGCUAAUGUCAUACAUUGGCCUAAAUCAGAAGCCAGUUCAACCAAGUUCUGCAGACACAUGUGGCAUAAACAGAUCUCAUAUCAUGUAUUGCAUCACCAUGAUCUUGAUCUUUGCAAAAAGGACCACCUGGCCAGAAGAUCUCAAUGCAGCUGAACGAGGAGGUUUUGUUUUGUGUAAGUCAGAAGAUGGAAGUGUUAUUCUGCGUAACCCUGCCACAGCACACAUCACCCAUUUUCUAGACAACCUGUUUGCCCUAAUCAGAACAUUCUGUUGCCUUUGGCUGCCAGAGUUCAUGCAGCAGCGACACCCAGAGUUUGCAAAAGCCUAUGACCUGCAGGAAAAUGAAAGACUUGCAGCGCUGGGCAUUCAACCACCUUGCAUAGACAACGCAGACUCACUGGUGAACCGACAACCCUUAGAGAGGAUGCAGAAUUUUAUUUCUGUGGCUUUUGACAAUUGUUUCCACAUUCUUGGCAAUGCAGGACAGUUCUUGGGCCAUGAGUUUUACAACUGGCCAGGCCUGGCACAGGUCUUGGUGGCAGCUGUCUUCCAAAACAUGGAGCACCUGCCUGACUACAGGCUGAAGCCAGUCAUGCGUGCAUUUUUAAAGCCAUUAAUCAGUUAUUGCCCCAGACAGUAUUAUGCCACAGUUGCAGUGCCUGUUCUUUGUGGGGUGUGUCCUGCCAUGUUCCAGAAGUUGUCAGCUCGAUGGCUUGUUAUCAACCAAAGAUACGAAGAUGGGGUGGAUAGGGAUGAUGAAAGUGCUGAAUCUCAGGAGGUCUUAGAAGAUCAGCUCACACGACAACUUACUCGUGAAUAUCUGGAGCUCAUCAUUACUGUGUGCACAAGUCGCCUCAGCAGUAAAGUGGAGGUGACCGAGGAGAUGGCCAUGGAUGAAGAAGUGGUUCCACCACAGUUUAACCGGAAUGAAAAGGCUCUCAGUGAACUAGGACUCCUCUGCAUGAGAACAGAGGCACUGUUUCCAUCCUUGUUGCUGUGUGUGCUGAGUGGCAUUACCUGGAGUGACACCAUCUGUUGCACCAGAUGCGUUAGCAUCUGCUGGCUCCUUGUCAAACAGCUGAUCACCGACAAUGUCAUGAGAAAAGAUGGGGCGGUACACGUGUUUAGUUCAGUGCUGACUGGCCUUCAGAUUCAUGGCCAGCAUGAUGGGAUGCAAGCACUGCUGGUCAGCCUGGCACUGACAGUCUAUGAGGAAAUGCGACCACAGUAUCCAGAGCUAAAGGAUGUUUUGUUAAGUAUACCUGGCUGUACUGAAGAAGCCGUUCAGAACUUUGAGAAAACAUUUCUUCAGGGAAUUAGCCCUCAAAAAAUGCCUCCUGAAAAGAAGAAGAAGGAAGUCUUUAAAAACCUCAUCAGCAGUAUUAUUGGGAAAAGUAUUGGUCAGCAGUUCAAACGAGAAGCGAGUUACAAAAAUCUUCCACCCAUGUUUGUGCGCCGCAGCAGGAAGAAUGCAGUCGAUGUCAUAGAGACUGGGGAUGACAGUCUUUGCUCACUGUUUGCUGGUGACGAUGUCUGAAGAGAUCUUGCCGCCUCCACUCGACACAUUAUCUUCUCGUAAAAUGAUGCCGACUUCAGCAGCUAGAAUGUACUGUUUGAACCAAGCCAAAAUGUCAUUUGGCAUGAGGCUGUUGUGUGUUGGUCAAAAGCACAAUUUCUGUGAUGCGUAAUGUGUUUUCAAGGGCUUGUUUUCCAGACACAGAUGGUGAGAGAAGGUAAAACUGGUGGAAAAAAAAACAAAAAAAAACAACUGAAGUAAACUUUGACCCGCAAGAAUUAACCAAAAAAGUACUCAAAAAUGAAGUAAAGACAGAUGUGCAAAGUGCAGAGUAAGCAUCAUGACUCCUGACCCUAGUUAGAUGGGCCACACCACAAAAUGUAUUUUGCUGCUUUUAUUAGUGUGCAGGGGAAGCACCCUUUCAUACCUGCUGAGUAUGUGUUAUUGAUACCGGACUGCAACUUUUUCACUGGAAAGAUGGGGAUGUUGGUGUUUGAAAAAUGAAUGUAUGGCUUUGCUGAAAUACUUUUGGGGCAGCAGGUAAAAGCAACUGUUUGCUUUUUCCAUAUGCAUUUGCUGCAAAGAAUGGCAAAAAAGUAAGUACAUCAUGGGCUACAGGUGGUGCAAGCUAACAUCUUCACGAGUCUUGUUUCCUGCCCUUUUUAGUUAGGGAAGACGGGAACUGCAACCAUCUCUCACCUAAAGGCAGUGCAAAAGUACCGGAUACUUUUUAUGUUUAUGUGAAUUAUACCCUCUUUUGUUUAUGUAAAGCAGAACUUAGUGAUGCAGAAAUUUAUCAGCCUUUUUUUCAUGGAGUUGAAAAUUACAAAACCACUUUCUAGGGAUUUUCUCAUCAUUUAAAUGUUGGUCAUACACAGAUGUUAGAAACUUGCACAUCCUUGUUAUAUUAAAUGUUUAUGGGGCAUAGAAAAUGUUAAUAGUUUCAGUCAGCUAU